AUGGAAUCAAUGGAAUUAUUCAAGAAUCAGAUGAUUGAAAUUCAAGGUAGCCCGAGAAGAUCUGAUGGUGAGCCUAGUAGAAGAGGUGACGGUGUAUUAACCGACACCAGAUCUAAGCGAGCACCAACCAAUGAUAAAAAUCCAAGGCCAACCAAAAGAGGCAGAGGUAGAAGCAGUAGUGAUUGCGGAGGCCGAAGCAAUAGUGGUGGUCGAGGUGGGCAAUCUGGUAGUGAUCGCAGAGGUCGUACCAGUGGCGGUGAUCGUGGUGGGAGAUCUAGUGGAAGCGGUCGUGGUGGUCAUGCUCUUCCUCCGUUUUAA